AGGGAAAAAAACCCACCAAUGAGGUGAAGACAAAGUGACAAAGAGCAUAUCGCCAUCUCUCAUUUACUCCAAAAACACACACACACACACUCAUGUGUUCUGCAAACCCCACAAUACAAAACACAGCUUUUAUUCACUCACUGGUAUAUCUUAAUUUUUACUCCACAAUCAAAAUCCAAUAUACACCUCCACCACUCGUCAAUGGCGAUAAGACACUAUUAUUAGCUACGCUGUAAAAAUAUUAAAUUUAAAAAAAAGAAAAGAAAAAAAAAGAAAAUGGAUUUGGAGAGACCCCAUUUUCGCACUACAAGCACAGGCAGCAGCAGUAGCGCCACCACCACUACAACAACUGGCGAGCUCUUCAUUUGUUUCACCUCUCGCCUCUCCGCCUCCUCCUCCUCCAUGAAACUAACCAAAUCUAUUCUCAGCCCCGGCCGCGCCGCCCGCGACGGCGGCGGCGGUGGCCCCGUCUCCCUCUCUUCCUCACUCAGCCGCCGCCUCCGCACCAAUGGCAGCCUCAAAGGCGGUGCGUCUCCCUUCUUCACCAGCAGCACCACCGGGAAGAAGAGGGGCUGCGCUUUCGAAAACCCGGAGCCGUCUUCCCCAAAAGUGACCUGCAUCGGGCAGGUGCGUGUGAAGACCAAGAAGAAGGUGAAGCAAAGCCGGAGCCUUUCGAAGCGGCGGAGUGGGGAGGUCAUGAGCUUCAGAAAGAUUGAGCAUGGUAACUCCGGCGACCGCGACCACCACCAAAGUCAGGAGCAGAGGUACUCGAACGCCAGUGGCGGCACACAUUAUCAACAUCAGCAGCAGCAGCAGCAGCCGGAGUGCCUGCCACUGAGGAACCAGAGAUGGGUUCAUCUGCCAAUCUCGAUCUGCGAGGCUUUGAGCUGUUUGUUUCCGUGCAAGAGCUCCUGUUUUUCGACGGCCGGCGGCGAAGAGACGGAGAAGGCGGCGGCGGCGGCUCAUGAGAAACACAAUGAUACUGCUGCUAGCGGAGACGAAAAUGGAUGCGGGGCGGUGUUCGCGAGGUGGCUGGUGUCGGUGAACGACGGGGAAGGAGGGAAGAGGAGGGAGAUUGAGCUGGUGGUGGGCGGCGGAGACGAGGAAGAGAGGGUAUCAAUGAGGAGUUCAAGAAGACACGUGUUCGAGGAUUUCGAGGUUAAGGAUGAUAGAAUUGAAGUGAAGGGGCAGAUUAAUGAAGUUAAGGAAGAAGAAGAAGAAGGAGGGAGAGUGAGCAUUUGCAUACCACCGAAGAACGCUCUUUUGUUAAUGAGGUGCAGAUCCGAUCCCAUGAAAAUGGCUGAUCUCGCCACCCGCUUUAGCUGGGAUGCCAAAACUAGUACUCAUAAUCACCAUGAUCAGGAGGAUAUUAAAGAAGAAGAAGAAGAAAAUAACGAGGUUGUAGUAGUUUCUGAAGAAGAAGAAUGUGAUCAAGGUAAUACAAAUGAAGUCUUUGAGCAACAAGAAGAGGAGGUUUCAAUGGAACAAGUAGCGGCGGAAGACAUUGUUAAUGGGGAUGAAGAAUUAGUGAUUAUUAGCAGUAUUGAUCAGAAAAUGAUUGAUGAUGAAGAAGAAGAAAAGGAGAUAGAGGAGUUGCAGCAAGAGAUUCUGGGGAAUCUUCAAAUGUUUUCUCAAGAAGAAGAAGAAGAAGAAGAAGAAGAAGUUGAGUCGAAUAUGUCUUCCUUUGAACAUCUUUUAGACCAAGAAAAUGCAGACCACUAUCAAGAAAGUAAUUGUCCAAUCGGCCAACACGAAGAAGAAGAAGAGGUGCAUGAUCAUAACUGCCAUUUAUCAUCUCCAUCGACUACAGAAUCAGAUGAAGAAAUUAAUGUUGUUGUUCAAAGUAAUGAAGAAGCUGAAGAAUCGAUGAAUAUCUCAGAUAAAGUUUCAAUCUUGGAAAUUAUUAAUGAUGGUCAAGAACACCAGAUCGAACUCGAGCCUGCACAAAUAACAACUCACAGUACUGAAAAUGGAGUACAAGAACAAGAUGAAGAGGAAGAAGACGAAGAAGAGCAGAAAACUGUAUUGCUACAGAAAGAAUCGGAAAUGGUGGAAAACCGGGAAAUUGAUGAACCGGUGAGUAAGAUUGAAGAAGAAGAAGAACCGAAUAAGAAAGUACUGCCGGAAUGCUUGCUGUUAAUGAUGUGCGAGCCCAAGUUAUCAAUGGAGGUUUCCAAGGAAACAUGGGUUUGCAGCACCGACUUCGUCAGGUGGCUGCCGGAGAGGCCGCGGAAGCCUGCUAAGUCCGCCAAAUCCGGCGGCGGUUGCGACCACGCGCCGCCGCCCAAGAGGAGGCUCAGCAUUGACUCGAAGCUGAAGCCCGUCCCCGCCCACGCGCCUCCGUCGGUGGCGGAGGAUGGUUAUCGUUACCAGCAUUAUCAGCCGCCGCGGUCGUCGUGCUCUCUGCCGGCUGCUGCUGCAGCGGCGUCGAUGGCAACCAUGAUAGAGCAGAAGCUGGUUAAUGCGGUGGGGUACGAGCCGUUUGUGCUGACCAGGUGCAAGUCCGAGCCGAUGAGGUCGGCGGCGGCUAAGCUUAUUCCUGAGUCGUGCUUCUGGAAAAACGCUGUUACUAAGCUGGAGCCGCACGGGCGGGCUGCGCUCGGCGUCGGCGCGGCUGGAGUCGGAUUCUGAGCUGGCCCGGCGAUUAGGAUGCUGAGCUGGCAAAAUAUAAUAAUGAAGGGGAAUCUUUAAGGGUUUAGAGCUGUCUGUAAAUUUUUAUUUAUUUUUAUUUAAAUCUUUUGGUAAUACUCUUUUUUUAUUAUUAUUUUUUUUUUUAGAAUUUGAUAGUCUUUUUUAAUUUCGUGUAAUAGAUGGAGGUUAAUCUAGUAGUAUUAGUUUGCAUCUCUUGUGUACUAUAAUUACUUCAUAUAUGUCUAAAUCUUAAUUUCAUUAUCUUUAA